AUGAACCUGGCAGCAGACCUUCUCUGUUUGUUGGUGUGUCUCACCGCAGUGACUUGCGACCGGGUCUAUGUCCACCCUUUCACUUUGUUUGCUUUCAACAAGAGUACCUGUGAGCAGCUGGAAAGCCUGGUCCAGGAGGGAAAGAAAACUUUUGUCCCCGUCUCCAUUGAGUCCCAAACCACGCCUGCCUAUGAAGACAACCUGAACGACAAGGACAAGCUGGAAGCCCCAAGCCUGAAUGGCCAUGGGACGCAGAAGCUGAACUUCUUGACGUACCUUGUUUACGUCCUGGGAGUGCGGUUUUACGGUGUGCUACGGGAAGCACAGCGGGGCCAAAACGUGCUCCUGUCACCAACCAGUCUUUACGGCUCCUUGGUGUCUUUAUACCUGGGUGCCUCCAACCAGACGGCAGCUGAUUUGCAGGAUUUGCUGGGAUUUGUUCCCCCUUCUGGAGACUCUGACUGCACCUCCAGGGUGGAUGGACACAAAGUCCUUUCCAGCCUGAACAUGAUCAAAAGCCUUGUCAAGAGGAAGGAUGAGGAGCUGCUCUUUUCCAAGACCCUGUGCCUGUUCUCUGCCCAUGGUGUACCUCUAUCCCAGCUGUUUGUGCAGGACUUGCUCCCCUCCGUGGAUACUCUCUAUGCCCGAGCUGUUAACUUUACAAACCCAAGCCAGGCAGCAAAGCAAAUAAACGCCUUCGUGGAGGCCAAAAGCAAGGGCCAAAGCAAGUGCCUACUGACAGACAUUGAUCCAUCUGCUGACAUACUAUUUGCCAUGGAUGUCCGCUUGGCAGUGAACUUCAAGCAAGCCUCCCGGCUCAGAGAGCCCCAGGAGUUCUGGGCGGAUUCGAACACGAAGGUCAUGGUCCCUAUGUUGUCAGUCACAGGGACAUUCAAGUACAAAAUUGACACCAGCGGGACUUUUUCUGUGGUGGAAGUCCCCAUCAGCAAGACCACGCUGCUGGUGCUGCUGCAGCCCAUCAAUGGCAGCGACCUAGAGCACGUGGAGCCCGCGCUGUCGCUGCAGUCCUCCGCCUGGCUCCAGGAGCUGGCCCCAAGAGAAAUUAAAUUAACGCUGCCGGAGUUAACAAUAGAAGGCAGCUCCGAUUUACAGGAGCUUCUUGCAGAUAUGGAACUGCCUGCACUUCUGGGGAAGGGGGCAGAUCUCAGUAGAAUAAGCAACAGCAACCUAACAGUUGGAAAGGUAAUAAACAAAGCCUUCUUCAAACUGACCAGUGAUGGAACAGAGCAGCCAGAAGACCCCACAGCACAGAAGGAAGAUUUGGAGUUCCUGGAAGUUACUCUGAACAAGCCGUUCCUUUUGGCUGUUUUUGAAGAGAAGUCAAGGGCAAUGCUUUUCCUUGGCAGAGUAACAAACCCUCUGCACGGGGUUUAA